AUGGCUCACUGGAGUCCUUCACUUCUUGGCUACAUCGUCUUUUGGAACAUUAUUCGUUCAUGUGUUGCUUUUCCAACAGGAGCCCCAGCAUCAGCCUGUGAGAAUAUGAUGCCUGUGCAUAUGGGGGUCCAGCCCCAGCCAAGUCCAGCCCCCUAUGAGAUCCAGAUUGAUGUAUCUUCCUUCGUGAACAGGCAGCCGAUUAAUGUUCAGAUUGUAGGGCCGGGAUACAGAGGCCUGUUGCUGGAAGCUCGCACCUUUGGCUCCACUGCUGCACUUGGCACUUGGCAGAAUCCUGCCAAUAACACUAAGUUCUUACAGUGCUCUGGAAACCCAAAAGGUGCGAUUACUCAUUCUAACACCGAGUUAAAAACAAGCCUGACCACUUAUACCUGGCUGCCCCCAAUCUCUGGUUGCCCUGCCGUUAUUACAUUCAGGGCAACUGUAGCACAGUCUCGUGAAGUUUAUUGGCUCGGUAUCAAAUCCAAAGUGAUCUGGAGAGAUUCUAAAGCUACAUGUGGUGCUGAGAAGCUUACAUGGACAGUAAUUAUUGUGACAAUGAUGUCUUUCCACUUACUGCUUUUACCUGGCUACUUAUAUUAAGUGUUGGCGUUUCAGAGGAUCUAUUAAACGGCUAAGGAAUAAAUACAGACCAUGUAUACAAUCACUGCAUUUGCUCCUGCCAUGAAGUGGAUUCUGGAAGCCUAAGGCCUUUGUCUACACAUGUUAUACUGUUUUUAAACUAUACCAAUAUAGUUAAAGUAAUGCAACCCUCUAGUGCACAGUUAUACUGGUACAGCUUAUUCCCUACAGGCACGUUAUAUAAGUAUAACAAUGUCCCCUCUCUGGGUAUUACUCUCACAACCCUAACCAAUGCCAUUUUAAUAUUACAUGAUCUGUAUGUAGACUAGGACUAAGGUUAAAGUUGAGUAGUACAAAGCUAUAGUGAAAUCUCAGAGCAGCUAGAACUGAUCUGAAGAACAAAAUUAACGCCAUGACUUCAACUGCAUUCUAAAUUAGAACCUAUAUAAGAUCAAACUCAUUUGAUUUGUAUAAGGAAUGGUACACAUAAGGAUAUCACUACUAUAGACUCAUAGACAUUAAGGUCAGAAGGGACCAUUAUGAUCAUCUGGUCUGACCCCCUGCAUGCUGCAGGCCGCAAGACCCUUCCCUGGACUCUACCGUUGAAGUCCCCAAACCUGUGUUUUAGUGACUUCAAUCGGCUGAGACCCUCCUGCUAGUGAUCCCUGCCCCAUGCUGCGGAGGAAGGCGAAAAACCUCCAGAGGCUCAGCCAAUCUACCCUGGAGGAAAAUUCCUUCCCGACCCCAAAUAUGGCGAUCAGUAAUACCCCGAGCAUAUAGGCAAGAGUCUCUAGCCUGACCCUUG